CACGUUCCUGACACAAUUCAGUUCGUCGUCGCCUGCCUGCCGUUGCGCACACACUCACUCCGCGUUGCUGCGCCACCGUAACAGAUACCGUUCGCGUGCGUCUCAGAUACAGAUACAAAAAUACACAUACAGAUACACUGCUAGUGUGCGACAGAUACUAAAAGAUACAAAGUGAUAGAUACUCGUGAAAGUGUGCAAAAGAUGCCACAAAUUCUAUAAGUGCCAAGUGCUGACAAGUGACAAGAUACAAUAUCUUCUGCCCGAACUCGAACCCUACUGAAAGCCUAGGCCCCAAAGAAGACCAGACCGUCAAAAUGCUGGUCGGUUCGCAUCCCUAUCUGUGCAACGGCGUCCUGCCACCUGUGCCAGCCGCACCCGGGGCCAACAACACAGCCGCCGCCGUAUCGGCUGUGGCGACUGCCACGACGGGCAGCAAAAGUGCCGCCGGCUCGGCAACGGAUUUCUCCAUUGCGGCGAUAAUGGCCCGCGAGGAAACCUCCUCCAGUCGGGAGUCCUCCAUCCGCAGUGCAAGUCCAAUUUCCGUGGAGGAUGAGGUUGACGUUGAUGUGGUUGACUGCAGCGAUGCUGAGGAGCCGCCAACCAAGGCUCGUCGCCUGAAUCACAGCCACCACAACCAACAGCACCACAGCCAACAGCACCACCAACAGCACCACCAUCACCACAACAACAACAACAACAACAACAACAACAAUAAUGUGGCACACAUCAACUCGAAUCACAAGAGCCGCCACAGCUACAGCGCCGGCGCCGCAUCCGUGGCAGCCACCGAAUCGCAGUUGAACACCAGCUCCACCAGCAGCCAAGGACGCUGCUCCACACCGCCCCAGUCCCCCGGCACCGAGGACAGCGAGGAGCGCCUGACCCCCGAGCCCGUGCAAAAGACACCCAAAAUUGUCGGUUCCUGUAAUUGUGACGAUCUCAAGCCGGUGCAGUGCCACCUGGAGACCAAAGAGCUGUGGGAUCGCUUUCACGAGCUGGGCACCGAGAUGAUCAUCACCAAAACGGGCAGACGCAUGUUCCCCACGGUGAGAGUCAGCUUCUCGGGUCCACUGAGGCAGAUCCAGCCAGCGGAUAGGUAUGCCGUCCUGCUGGACAUAAUACCAAUGGACUCGAAGCGCUAUCGCUAUGCAUAUCAUCGAUCGGCCUGGCUGGUGGCUGGCAAGGCGGAUCCAGCGCCCCCGGCCCGCCUCUACGCCCAUCCGGACAGUCCGUUCAGCUGCGAGGCGUUGCGCAAACAAGUUAUCUCCUUCGAGAAGGUGAAGCUGACUAAUAACGAAAUGGAUAAGAAUGGACAGAUCGUUUUGAAUUCCAUGCACCGCUACCAGCCCCGCAUCCACUUGGUUCGCCUCAGCCAUGGCCAGAGCAUACCGAGCACUCCCAAAGAGCUGCAGGAGCUGGAUCACAAGACCUAUGUGUUCCCGGAGACUGUUUUCACGGCGGUGACGGCCUAUCAGAAUCAGUUGAUUACCAAACUGAAGAUCGACUCGAAUCCGUUUGCCAAGGGCUUCCGCGACUCCUCGCGGCUGACCGACUUCGAUCGGGAUCCCAUGGAGGCGCUGCUCCUGGAGCAGCAGCUGCGGUCGCCACUGCGCCUGUUCCCCGAUCCUCUGAUGCAGCAGUUUGCCCAGCAGGGCGAUCCCACAUCCAUGGCGCUGUUCGAGAAGGCGCGUCAGCACCUGCAGAUGUUCGGUGGCAACUCCCCGUACGCCCAGCUGAUGAUGCCCCAGAUGUACCAGGCGGCCGCCGCAGCGGCAGGACCUCCUCCACCACCGCCAGGGCUGGGCGCUUUCCACAUGUUCCAGCAGCAGUGGCCACAGCUGACGGCCGGCUUUCUGGCCAGCGCCAAUCAACAGGCGGCCGCCGCCCAGGCUGCAGCCCAGGCCCAAGCGCAGGCGCAGGCCGCCGCAGCGGCGAUGGCUGCCAAUCGAACCCCGCCACCACCACCGCCGGCCUCCACGCCCUCGUCCACCUCCUCGGGAUCCCCGUCACCCGAUAUGCGGCCACGUCAGUACCAGAGAUUUAGUCCGUAUCACAUGCCCGGCCAGGGACAGGGGCCGCCGCACUCGUCCGCGGGCUCACCCCCCGCGCCGCCGACCUCCCGCAGCCCCGCCCACUAGGCCGCCCGCGCACCGCACAGUGGGACAAACUCGAAAGUUCUUGCCAAGAGCAGUAUUACGCAAAAGAAACACUACAAAAAAAAACAAAACAAAACUCGUUUAAAUGUUGUAAAUUAUUUGUUGUUCUCCAUUCGAAAGCAAGAGAAGAAAAAUCUAUUGCCAGAAAAAUAUUUGUUGUAUAAAUUCUGAAUUAUUUUUUAAGCACCUCCGACCCACUGUCCAACUUGUACAGAUUCAUAUAUAUCAUAGGCGUAUAUAUGUACAUUCUUCCAGCACCUUCCUCUAGAGAAUUUUUGUAAUUUAGUUUAAUUUAUUGUACAAAUGUUUCAAUUGUUGUUCGAAAACUCAUCUCAGUGUAAAGUUAGAGCAAAAUUCACACACAACUCAAACAAAAAUACAAAAACUAUAUAUAGAUAUGCUUCACGAUUGUAAGCUAUAUAUAGUAGCUAUAUAGUGUAGUUAUGCUAUUACAUCUAAUGACAUAUUCAUAGUAUUAACAAUUAACAAUAAAUUCAUAGACGCUUGAGUUAGUUUA